AUGAAUAUCUUUAAAAUACCUCACACUGAAUAUGAAGAAGAGCAAAAUAUUCCAAGCCGGUCACAUUUCUAUGUCAUUUCCUCCUCUCUACCAGAAAUACCACGGGGCCCUACAGACUUGGCUGACCUGCUGCUAUUAAAUGCGAUAACCACCAACAACAGAGGCAGCAGCAGUCACAAAACUCUUCUUCAGGUGGAUGGAAAUAACACCUUCAUCCUUUGGCAGUCUCCGGUCACCGAAACCUCUCCAUGGACGUUGGAAGAGGCUCUAUCGCAUGCUCUGCAGUUUUUCCAACAGGAAAAGGAAUUAACCACCUGUUUCCUGUUUGCUGACACCGACCAGGAGAAAAGAGACGAAGAAGUCAGGGAAAACAAUGCAGGAAGAAGCUAUCUGGUAUCUAUUUUGAAUCUUCGUGGCAAAACGGCGGAAUCUGUGUCGAUUUCUUUUCUCGACCGAUUUCUCAUUACUGCCAUGUUCUACAUGGAUAAAAAUGGCCGUGACGACCAAUCCGCAACUUUAUGGAUGCAUUGGAACACGAGCGGUAGCGAGGGAUUUCGAAACCAGCUCCAAUUCACGCAACCAUGGCAGACAUUUUCCGACUGGAUCGCCACCACUACUGCUCGAAGUAGUAAUAUCAAUGCCAACACGGAAUGGUUUGUCCGGCUCGACGAUCAGUCCAUGAUCCCACCAGAGCUGGUCGACGAAACCGAGAUGCGCUACCAAGAAUGGUUCCGACGCCGAUACCCGGAGAUGGACCGAAUCCGAACCAGCAAGGAUUAUCUGAAUCGAUCAUUCUACGAGAAUCCUUUCGCGGUCGAGAUCCCGAUUGACCAGCUCUUUCAUCCGGCUCAUUGCAUCCUGGCG